AGACGUCUUAAUUUACUGCUAUAUGUUCUAUUUUCUUUUAUUCAGAUACUUCGUUUUGAUUACAGUCAAGUUCACUUUUUAGAACUAAAAGGUGGUACUGCAUUAUGUCUGUGUGAGGUGGUUUUUUGAGCUGACAUAACAGAAUUCUGUGAUUGUGGCCAGAGGUAUGAGAUUAAGCAGAGAAGUUUACUUGGGACUAUUGAAAUGUGUGUUGUGUAAUGUGUUUCCUGUUUCUCCCCCAGCAUCUUGCAUGUUUGAAAUGUUUCAUAGAACAGCUCAAUUAUGUGUAAAUAUGAACAUAAACUCUUUUGUGCUUUUGCUGUCUGAGGAACACAUUUAUUAUUUACAGAUUGUGUAUUAAGGUCUCUAUUUUCCCUUCCUUAUUUUGAUGCCACUCCAAGUCUGAUGAGCAGUUUACAAUCUCUGUAAGGCAUGCUUUAGUUUGCACUGUUGUUUAUUAUCUGUAAUUAUGCUUUUAAUCUGUCAGAUGACUGACACGGGCAAUAAAAGGGCUUUGACAAGUCUGCUUUCUGGCAAGGUUUAUUCUGUGUGCUGCAUGUCCAGCUGGAUCCUUGGCUGGGCUGGAGCUGGGGGUACUGGAGAUGUUUGUCUGGGGGGCAUCUCUUGGGGAAGCGAUUUGGGUGUAGCUGUUGAUGCCACUUCUCACUUGGCUCUGUCGAGGCAGAGUUUUGCUUUCCUGUGCCCCUGGGCUGGGAAUUACACCUGUGUAGCUUCUGGAUCCAAAUGCCUGAGUGUAUUGUGCUUGUUGCUGCUGUUAGUGCUGCAGGAGGUAGCAGCAGAGAUGGGCUUUUGCUUCUAGUGGGUGAGAGGGAUUUAUAUUGCCUCCCUCUUAGUCACGUCUUCACUCCUGCUGUUCUGUUUCAGUCUUGCUCUUCUCUUUGCAGCAUUCCCUUUAUUCUAGGGUUUAACUUCUCUCCUUUGGAGUAGUUUUCCUAUAUGGAAACAGUGGUGAACUGUUGUUGGUGUUGUUUUAUACACAGCCUUCUGGUUUCGCAGAUUCUGACAAAGUUUUGACAUAUGAUGGUGUAGAUGAUGAGUUCAUUUCUGUCAGAGUUGAGGGGGAGAAGGCUGAUGCUAGGAUACAGAAGGGGUCUCUUCACUUGGUGUGAUUUUAUUCGCUAAUUCAGCUGAACCACUGAGGCUGGUGGUGAUCUUUCAACUGCAGUAAUGACAAAAUUUUCAAUGUGUUUGUACUGUAUAGAAAUUUGAGAUUCCUGUCACCCAGUAAAUGUGUAAAUAGUGAACUCGCUGAUACAUGGCAGGAACAUUUAGACUGUUUAAAUGUAUGUAAGUUUAUUUUUCUUUAAAUUCUGUCCCUGCAGAAGGGGAAGGGCUGUUGCUACAUAAGUGGGGUUUCAUCUUGGGAAGUGGAUGGAUAACAUUAAAAGGCAAGACAUGAUUGUCAUUUGCCUUGUAUUUAACUGAGCCUUAACCUGUUUCUGGUUGCUUCAGAGGAUAUAAGGAAAAUUUGGGGGGGAAGAGAUACUGUUAAAGGUGCUAUCUGAAAUUAUUUUAAAUUCUCUGCAAAAUCGUUGAAUAUUGGGGCAAUUUAAUUGUCAGAGUAUUCUAAGAAAAGAUAAUUUUUGCCUGAAUAUCUUGUAUGCAAAUGAGUAGGGAAAAAAUAGAAAACUGCUUUGAAUAAUAAAUUCCGGCACUCACAUAUGUUCAUCAUUUGCUAGCUAUUCUUAUGUAUGCAAUGCCUGUUUGUAACAUUUCCAUUAACUUUAUUGUUGUGGAGAAAUGGGAUCUGCACAUCCUCAAGUUCAAUAUAUCAUUCUUUAAUGUUCUGUUGGAGGUGAUCAAUAACUGCAAGUGUCACUGUGUUGGACUUUUCUUGUGUCAUUGCAAGGUGGGGUGGAAUACUGGGAUUUUUUAAAAUUAGUAAAGCUUAUUUUAAUUUUGCCCAGAUUGUGGUAUAUGCAAGACUCUUGUGUGACAAGGUAUUACAUUGUCAGCUGUUAAUUCACAGGACUAAAAUGUGUUUUUCAUAGCUUACUUUUGAGGGAAAAUGUGCUACUAUUCUUACUUUCUCUGGAGUGGCAUAUCCCAAAAGUGGAUGUUCAGGAUAACAUGUCCAAUGUCUCGGAAGAGAGAAGCACUAGACAACAGGACAUUAAGAAAGGACUCCAAUUUAUAGAAUCCACUUUGCCCUAUCCAGGGACACAAGAACAAUAUGAGUUAUUUAUACGAGAUCUUGUUAGAAAUCUUUUUCAUGAAGGAAAUGAUGUAUAUCGAGAAGGGGAUUGGAGAGGAUCACUGAGUCAUUAUACAGAGGCUAUAAACAUAGCUGAUUAUGCUAAUUCAGAAGAAAUCCAUGUUUCUGAUGAUGUUUUAGAGAAGCUGCAUGUGAACAGGAUUGCCUGUUAUUCAAAUAUGGGUUUGCAUGAAAAAGUUCUAGAGGACUGUGAGGUAGCAUUAAGAUUGAAUGAAAACAAUUUCAGAGCUCUCUAUCGCAAAGCCAAAGCUUUGAAUGAGCUGGGAAGCUUUAAGAAGGCUUAUGAUGCUGUAGCAAAAUGUUCUCUUGCUGUGCCACAGGAUGAAAGUGUGAUUAAGCUUACUCAAGAACUAGCUCAAAAACUAGGGUUAAAAAUAAGGAAAGCAUAUGUUAGAGCAAAGCCACCCUCAUCAAAUUCAGUUUCUAGUGAUGUAUCAACUCAGAAUUCUUCCGUAGAAGAUAUUGAGUUAGAUUUAUCUGACCAGAAACAAGAGAUGGUUUCUGCUGCUUCUUCAUCAAACUUUGUUUCUGAAGUGUCCAAAGUGUCACCAGUACCUGUAGCACCUUUACCUCCUGUUAUGCCUCUUCAGAUGGAAAAGGUUCCUUUGCCUUCUGCAGUGUUGGCAAAUGGAGGCAAUGUUUCUUUCCCUAUGCCAGAAGCAUGUUUAGAUUGUGGAGAUGGAGAUAUAAUUAUUGGAGAAGAACUUGAUGAGUUACUUGAUUCUGUGCCUGAUCCAGAUGAAAGUGUAAUGCAAACUACAGGAGCCAGAGGAGCCAUUCCUGCAGGGAGUGUAGCUCCUAGUGUACCUUUCUCUGCCUCUUUGCUGGGGACACUGCCAGUUACUGCAGGAUUUGUUCCUUCAGCUUCUCUUUCAGAAAUCUUUUCACAGCCUUUGGCUUCAUCACUGGAAAACUUCUGUUCGCCAUUAAGCACUUUUUCAAUCAGUGACCCAAAAAGAGACAUCUCAAGUUCAGCUCCUAGAGAUGGAACACCAACACUUAACAGCAAUAAUUCCCCAUUGUUUAUAAAUGGUCCUAGUAGUUUGUUUGGAUCUGAAAAUUACAUGGGAAUUGCAGGCCAAACUAGAAAUGAGUUUUCCAAUGUUUUUAGCAGUACAACUGCUAAUAUACCUGUAUCUCCAGCACUGGCAGGAAGGAACCCACUGGAAGGCACACAUGAGCUAAGACAGGCCUGCCAGUUAUGCUUUGUCAAAAAAGGUCCUAAAUUAUUGGAUUAUGCUUACCAUCCAAAUUUAGAACAUAAAUGUAAGAAGGAUAUUUUAAUUGGCAGAAUAAAAAACUCCGAAGAUAAAUCAUGGAAAAAAAUACGUCCAAGACCAACAAAGACACAGUAUGUGGGGCCAUAUCAUAUAUGUAAAGAUGUGGCUGCUGAGGAGGAGUGCAGGUACCCAGGGCACUGCACCUUUGCCUACUGCCAGGAGGAGAUCGAUGUGUGGACGCUGGAGCGCAAGGGAGCCUUCAGCAGAGAAGCUCUGUUUGGAGGACCUGGGAAGAUCAACUUGACUGUGUCCCAACUUCUUCAAGAAUACCACGGAUUAUUUAUGUUUCUUUGUGAGAAAUGUUUUGAUCACAAGCCCAGAAUAAUAAGCAAAAGGAACAAAGAUAACUCAUCUUCCUGUUCUCACCCUGCUAUGCAUGACUUUGAAGAUAACAAGUGCCUUGUCCACAUUUUGCGGGAGACUAUGGUGAAGUAUUCCAAAAUCCGCCCCUUCCAAGUUCGGUGUCAGCUGGACCUGUGCAGACAUGAGGUGAACUAUGGCUGCUUACGAGAGGAUAAAUGCUUUUAUGCUCACAGUCUGGUAGAGCUUAAAGUCUGGAUAAUGCAAAAAGAAUCAGGUAUUUCGCAUGAUACUAUAGUUCAAGAAUCAAAGAAGUACUGGCAGAACAUGGAAGCUAGUGCACAUGGAUCACAGAUUCUUGGGAACCAAAUGAAAUAUGGAUCGCUUAAUUUGAAGAUGAAAUUUGUUUGCGGGCAGUGCUGGAGAAAUGGUCAAGUUAGUGAGCCAGACAGAAACAAAAAAUACUGUAGUGCAAAGGCAAGACACCCAUGGAGCAAGGAUCGCCGUGUGGUGCUGGUGAUGUCUAAUGAACGGAAGAAGUGGAUGACCAUUCGUCCUCUGCCUGCAAAGAAACAAGUGCCUCUGCAGUUUGAUUUGUGCAAUCAUAUUGCUUCAGGCAAGAAAUGUCAGUAUGAUGGAAACUGCUCAUUUGCUCACAGUCCUGAGGAGAGAGAGAUGUGGACCUAUAUGAAGGAGAACAGCAUUCAAGACUUGGAGCAGUUGUAUGACAUAUGGCUAAAAACUCAAAAACCAGAAAAAGGAGAUGAUACAGCUGCUCAGGCAAGCAGAGAAAAUGGGAAGCAAAUUCAUAUGCCAACUGACUAUGCUGAAGUUACAGUGGAUUUUCACUGUUGGAUGUGUGGGAAGAACUGUAAUAGUGAGAAGCAAUGGCAGGGUCACAUUGCUUCAGAAAAGCAUAAGGAGAAGGUUUUCCACACUGAGGAUGAUCAGAACUGCUGGCAGUAUCGCUUUCCAACUGGAUAUUUUAGCAUUUGUGAUAGAUAUAUGGCUGGUACUUGCACUGAAGGAAACAACUGUAAAUUUGCCCAUGGAAAUGCUGAACUCCGUGAGUGGGAAGAACGAAGACAAGUUUUAAGAAUGAAACUCAGCAAAGCAAGAAAAGACCACUUGAUUGCUCCCAGUGAUAAUGACUUUGGAAAAUAUAGUUUUUUGUUUAAAGAUUUAAACUAAUACUGAGAUGACACAUACAUGUUAUCAGCUGGAAGCAUAAACCAGAAAAUUUGACAAUAAUCAAAAGCAUGUGACAGAAAAGCUGCAGGUUUUCUGCUUUUAUUGGCAUACAUUGUUCCUCCUGAACAGCAAAGUAUGGUAGAUUUAGGGGGAUGGAGCAGACCUGUCUAUGCUCUCAUGAAACAGAGUGGUGAUUAAAAAAAUCUGAAGUAUUAUGUGCUUACUCACCUCCUGUUGGACAGAAAGUUAGGAAAUAGAAGGGGGAAGAGUGGUUAUAAUAUCUAGGAAGCCCCCUAGUCUCAGACCUUCAGUUGAAAAACUUCGAGGUAUCAAGGUAUUGCAAAAGAGAGUGUUAGUGGGCUAAGAAAAUGAUGGAUGAAAAUUCUUCAGAUCUUUUAAUGGAGAGGAUUUGUUUAAAACAAAGUUUGCUACUUAUCUAUAUGUAGGUUGCUAAAAAUGAUUUUCUUAUUAAAGAUUUUAAACAAAAUAACCAUUUAACUACAAUAUACGUUGAAUGGGUAUUUUUUCUCUAUUUGUAUGUUUCAAUAUAAUUUACUGAAAAAGGAUCUUGAGAGGAAAAAAGUAUUAAUUUUUGAAAAUGAAGUAGUUAAAAUUCUGUUUCUUGGUCUUUGCUGUUUAAAUGAUGAUUUUGAAAGAUUACACUUGUAUGUCAGUAUUGUGUAUUAUUGUAUGGACUAAUGUUGCCUGUAAUAAAGAGAACUUCACACAAAGCUGUUUUCUGCAUGUAGCCUCUCAGGAUUGAGAUUUUGUAAAAACAAUGAUUUGCCAGUUAGCAAAAGCUUGAGCACCUGUAGCUAAACAUUCACUGAGUUGGUAUUUGUGUCGCUAGUGGCUCGUUUGCAGUUCUGUAUUGUCAUUAGCUCAUGGCAUCGCUGAAGUAACAGAAAUGGCCAGUAAGUUGUGAUAUAGGCAAGCAGUUUGGAGCUACGUGGUGCUGGGACACGUUUUCAGCCUUGGACAUGGACAUGAACACAUGAACCACUGCCUCAGCUGCACGGUGGAUGGUGCUUCCCAUUGCCUUUCCUGCAGAGCACAGGAAAUGGAAAACAAGUUGCAGGCUGAGGUGACUCCUGACUCCUGAGCCUUUGGGCUUUCCAGUCCCUGGAGCUUCUGUUGUGUUUUGGCUUCUCUGCAGAUCCUGCUUUCUGCUUUCUUUGGGUUUGCUUAUUUCCUUUUUUUUUCCCCCAACUAAGUUUCUUUCAGCCUUUCAUUCAAAAUAACUAAAACUAGGUUUCUUCCCUUUCUCCUCCCUU